CACAUCAACAGUUUUCCUCCCUGGGCUUCAUUAUUCCUUGCAAAAAGAAGCUCUCUCUCUCUCUCUGUCUCUCUCUCUCUGAGCUUCUUUCUUUCGUCCUCCUCCAUCGUCCCCAGACUUCAAAUUACCAGAGCUUGAAGCCCAGCAAUGGGAAACGCCCUCAGAUUCCUAUGCGGCCAAGGUUUUGAGCCCUGCACCGCCGGAGACUCGGACUGUCUUGGUCCUCUUGGCGUCUCCGCCGUGACCAUCGGCGUCUCAGCUCCUGUCCAAGGAGUGGAGUUUGAGCUUCACACACUCCCAGUGGGUGCAAGAGGUGUGGUAGAUGGGGAUGGCAUCAACGUUUUCGUUAGCACUUCCGAUCCGAGAGAAUCGUGCUUGGUCCCUCUAGAAGUGCAGGUCGCAGCCCUCGAAAGAUCAGUAGCCCAUGUUUGGGGGGACAAAGCUCGUGCAAAAGAACUGCACAAAAGUAUUAUUGCCGCUGGAUAUCGGCUAAUAGAUGUUCAGAAUGAGGAAGUCCUUGCUCGGAAGUAUCGAAUUCGGCUCAGGGGGAUAGAUGCUCCAGAGGCUGGGAUGCCAUACGGCAAAGAGGCUAAGGAGGAGCUCGCAAAGAUUGUUCAAGGAAAGUGUUUGAGAGUUCACGUGUAUAACAAAGAUCGAUAUGACCGUUGUGUAGGAGAUGUAUACUGCGAUGGCAUCUUUGUGCAGGAGCUGAUGCUCAAGAGAGGGAUGGCGUGGCAUUACAAAGCCUACGACCAACGUGCAGAGUUUGCCGAGUGGGAGGAGAAUGCACGGGCAGAGCGCAAGGGCUUGUGGGCAUCACCAAACCCUGAGAAGCCAUGGGAAUGGAGGAGGAAGAAUAGACGAGGGGGGAGAUAACGUUUACCAAAAUCUGAUUAUCCAACCUUUUGCCAUUCCUGGGAAACGUAGCUGGCCAUGUGUUGAAAUUAAGGGCUACAAUCUAUUGGAAACUUUCCAAUUCAUAUAGCAAGGAGUAUGCUUUAUCAUCUGUUGUAUAUAGGCUAAGUUCGACUCUAGUGCCAAAGCUUGAACAGCCUAACCAAAUCGAUCAUCUGAGAUCAAUGAAAUAUCUAAUGUGUGAGUUUCUGUUUGUUC